GAGACCGGCAAGACGGCUUGGAGCAAGCGAGCCGCUCGCACAGAGGGACGCGGUGGGUCGAGGAGGAGAACGGGAGGGCCGGAGUAAAUAAUACACGAGCAGCAGGCUCUUUUGGUGGAAAGAUCUCUCCAUUUUCUAAGUAUAAACAUGCCCAAAAAGAAGGCACCCAAACGGGCUAUACUCACUGAAGAAGAACGGUUGCUUAUGAUGCAACAAAAGCUGCUGGCUGAAGAGGAAAUGAGUAAGAAGAAGGAGGACAUGUUGAUCCAAUUUCUAAAGGACAAGUUGGCCAAGGAGGAACGCAACAGCUCGGUGAAUCUGCAUAAGAUCAACUUGCAAUGGCGCACUGUUCUCCGCGAAGUCAAGGCCAGGGAACUACGUAAAGAUAUUGAGAUUCUCAGUCAGACAUUUGAACGUGUUGUGGAUUGCAAAGACAAUGUCAUUAAGUCCCUUGCUAAAGACCUAGCUGAAGCAGAAGCUCAGUACACCCACGCCCUGCGUAGCCACUUACACAACAUAGAUCAACUGUUGAAACUCCAGAACUGCCGCCUGGGCUACUUAGAAGAGGAUUACCAGACAGAGCUGCGGGCAUUGCAGAAGGAAUUUGACACAGAGAGGAAGUUAAUCAUAGAACAUCAUGACGAGGAGAGUCUCUAUCUUCAGGAUGUAUUGUUAGCGAUGGAGCAGAACUUUGCUGAAAAUGAAUAUGAAGCCAGACUUGACUUCCAAAGUACACGAGAUGAUGUCAAAAAUAAGAAUUUGGAGGACAAACAUUACCUUCGCAUGCAAUUGGAAGGAAAAGUGGAAGAGCUGUGGAAGCGCUUUCAACAGGCCUUACGUAACUACACAGAAGCAACAGACGAUCGUAAAUUUGCUUUUGAAGGUCUGAAGCUCAGGGAUGAAAGGAGCACCAGGGAGAUAGAAAUGCAGAUGAAGAAAUUGCAGAAGAUUCAGGAUCUCAUUAUCAGUCUGAAGAACAAGAUUGCACUCCACGCAAAGGAGAGCGAGGAACAAAAUCGGCGUGUCCGUGAUGAGAAGGAAGUGGUUUUAAAACAGCUGCAGAAGUUAAAGUGCCAGAUGAACCGGGCAAGAGCUAAAGCCCGUAACAAUCUGGCUAAGCUGACGAAGGAAAGCAAUGCAACUCUCAAGACCUUGGAACACGUGGUGGGAAAGGCAGAGAUAAUUCUGCGCCUGGCUGAAAUGUGCCGUAGGCUGGAGUCUGAGGAGGAGAAGGUGCUACCAUUUUUCAUGAAUUCCCUGAACUGGGAAGAACAGAAAGCAGUUGAUAAGUUGGCUUUGGAAAAACCAGUCGAACCACUUGCUCAGAUGAUGCUGGACUACGUGGGUCUGGAACGCUUUUGGCAAAGAUACAACAAGGUGAGGUUGGAACAGCUCUCGCUAGAGCGGACUAAAGAUGUACUGAUGCAAGACAAUUUUAAGUUGAGGCAUCUCCUCAAGCAGUACUUGGAUGGCAUCUCAGUGAAUGAUGAAGUCCUGAGCCAGGUCAAUCCUCUGAUGAUAAUUAAUCAACCUGCAGUUGUCUCAGAUGGGUCUCAGGCAGCGCCUGCCAGAGGGACCCAAGGCAAGCGGCCCAUCUAUAAUAUUAUAGAGGCAGCACACGAAGUUUCACAUAUCCUCUGAAUUGGCAUUUGGUGAGUUCAAGUGGUCCUUUUCUACUGCGUUAACACAGCUGCUGGGCACAAAGAAGAGCCAGUCCGUUCCAGUUACAGUCUAUGCUGGGCCCUUUUUAGAAAAAUUCCCCCAAACUGCCAUUAAAUAGUAACUGAUGUGUCUUGCGGUUUUUUCUUCCAUGGCCAAUCCAAUCCAGAAGCAUGUACAACAGAAGCUGAAGAUAUACCCCAUGCCUAUGUGUAAACGUAGAAACACAUCUGUCUGUGCUUUUGCAGUGUGGACAUUUAAUAAAGCUUUUUUCCCCUUUA